AUGAAUAGAAUAAAAUUUAAAGUGAAUGGCGUCGAAUAUUCAGUGGGAUGCGACUUUACUUCAGAUGUGAUGCUAUUGGACUAUUUGCGAGACCACAUCGGUCUUCGCGGUACUAAGUACAUGUGUCGGGAAGGUGGCUGUGGAGGGAAGAAAGGCUACCAUGAGCUCCAGACGACACUGGCGGAGAAAAAUGGCUCCCAAUGUGGCUACUGCUCACCUUCUUGGGUCAUGGCCAUGAACAGUCUCCUUCAAGCUAAUCCAAAUAUCACGAUGUUGGAAGUAGAGAAAUCUUUAAGCAGUCAGACUUGCCGCUGUACUGGCUACAGACCUAUACUAGAUGCUUUCAAAAGUUUCGCUGCAGAUGCUCCCAGACAAAUCAAACUCUUGGACAUAGAAGACCUAAAAAUCUGUAAUAAAACAGGAGAAACUUGUAACAAGGGUAACAGCUGUGAAGAUAAUGAGUGGUGCUUCUUAGAUCAAGAAGACAGUAAUGACGUUAUUGAGAUUCAAUUAAAGGACGAUAGGAUUUGGUUUGGAGUUCAAAAAGUCAAAGACAUAUUUAAAAUUUUCAAAAGGGAAGGCGAUAGCUCUUACAUGCUUCUAAGUGGAAACACAGCUCGAGGCAAGUAUCCUAUGGUAGCCAGUGGCGACGAUUGCAGGCAACCUUAUGAUGAAGAACCAACACAACGGGUUCGCGUCAGACGUUUUCUUGCUUUUGGAAAUGAUAGGGGCACAAGUCAAUAUACCGUAAGGAUAGUAUUUGGAGGACUUUCACCUAAAUUCGUCCGUGCUUCUUCCACUGAACAGUUCUUAAUUGGAAAAAAGUUGUUCACUAAUGAGACUUUAACAUCAGCACUCAAAAUUAUGCAGCAAGAGCUGGUAGUUGAAGAGAAUCCUCCAGAUCCAUCAGUGGAGUAUAAGAAGAAAGCAGCUCUGGGGCUAUUUUAUAAAGGUCUUCUAGCACUCUCACCUGAGACUAACUUGAAUACUCGCUAUAAGUCGGGAGCAACGAACUUGCAUGAUGAGCGUCCAGUUUCUAGAGCUGCUCAAGUUUUCGACACCAACACAACGGUCUGGCCUAUUAAUAAACCUAUUCAAAAAGUGGAAGCUUUGAUACAAUGUGCAGGGGAGGCUUUCUACACUGAAGAUUUGCCAAAUUUUCCUGACGAAGUAUACUGUGCUUUUGCUCUGAGUACAGUUGCGCUCGGAGAUAUUGUUUCUAUUGAUAGCAGCAAAGCGUUGGCAUACCCUGGAGUAAUAGCCGUCUACACAGCAGAAGAUAUUCCAGGAAUAAACUCCUUCACUCCACCUGAUUCAUUUUUGUAUUCAGCCAAUGAAGAAAUAUUAGCCAGUGGUACAGUCAAAUAUUAUAACCAGCCAAUGGCCAUAGUUGUAGCCAAGAGUCGUUAUAUAGCUGACAGAGCUGCUAAAUUAGUGACAGCCACUUAUGCUAAUGUUAAAGACCCACUGCUAGAUGUAAAACAGACUAUAAACAACUCUGAAAGGAGUACACAAUUUACGAACAUUGCCGCAACAGAUACUGGUACAGAUGUCGUAGAAGUAAUAAAAGGAUUCAAUGAGGUUCAUGGGCAGUAUCAUUACGUCAUGGAAACUUUAACUACAGUUGUGAAGCCAUCUGAUGAGGGACUGGAAGUAUACUGUUCUACCCAGUGGAUGGAAGGUGUGCAACUAAUGAUAUCGAGAGCUUUGAAUUUGAGUCAAAACCAGGUUGAUGUUCACACCCGUCGCUGCGGAGGAGCGUAUGGUUUGAAAUUAUCUCGUAGUAGUCAAGGAGCUAUAGCUGCUGCUCUCACAGUACAGAAACUAAAUAGACCUUGUCGAUUUAUUCAGUCUCUGACUACUAACACCAGAGCCUUGGGUAAGAGACUGCCAGCCUGUGCCGAUUUUGAGGCUGGAGUAAACAGCACCGGAGUCAUACAGUACAUUAACUAUGAAAUACACGAAGACAACGGAUAUAAAAAGAAUGAACAAUUUACUCAACUUGGAGAGGGCCAAUUUAAUAAUGCCUACAACAGGGCUCGUUGGAACUAUACAAGCUUUGAUUCUAUUACUGACACUGCGAAGAAUACAUGGGCAAGAGCACCAGGGACUUUGGAACAUGUUGCGAUGGCUGAAUUGGUGAUGGAACAAAUAGCUUACGAGAUGAAUCUAGAUCCUCUAGAUGUAAGGCUAGCUAAUUUAGAUUCACAAUACGCCAAUGAUAUCAAAGAAAUGGUUGAUUAUUUAAAGAUUCAUGCCGAUUAUCCAAAAAGACGCGAAGCAGUCAACAAAUUUAACACUGAAAACCGAUGGAAGAAAAGGGGUCUAAGGUUCGCUCUUUUGCGAUGGACACCAGUAGGAGGGAUAAAUCUUUACAUUAAUUUAUCAGUUUAUCGUGGAGAUGGUUCUGUAGUAAUAACACAUGGUGCCAUAGAAAUGGGACAAGGUAUCAAUACUAAGGCAAUUCAAAUUGCAGCUUACUUGCUAAACAUUCCUGUAGAGAAAAUUAUAGUAAAGGAGAAUAACACGGUAAUAGCGCCAAACUGUGCCCUAUCCGGAGGAAGUAUUAUGAAUCAGAAUGUUAUACUGGGGGUAAAACGAGCUUGUCAACAACUUCUUGAUAGAUUAAAACCAAUAAGAGACACGAUGGAUAAUCCUACAUGGGAAGAGCUGAUAACCAAAGCGUAUAAUAGUAAUGUAGAUUUGCAAGCUCAUGGGUUUACUAGGACUGAUGAGGCGUAUCCUUUCCCAGUUUAUGGAGUAACUUUGGCUGAAGUUGAAGUAGAUAUAUUAACUGGGCAGUCUGAGUUACUUAGAGUAGAUCUCUACGAAGAUGCUGGACAAAGCGUUAGCCCAGAAAUUGAUAUCGGUCAAGUGGAAGGUGCUUUUAUGAUGGGUGUAGGAUACUGGACUUCAGAGAGACUAAUUUACUCUCCAACCGGAGAGCUCCUUACCGACCGGUCCUGGAACUACCAUGUGCCCUUAGCUAGAGAUAUACCUCGGGAUUGGAGGGUCUAUUUCAGGAAGAAUUCUUAUAGUGCAGAUACUGUUUUCGGGUCUAAGUUGUAUCAAAUUGAAAGUUUUUUAGGUAUUGGCGAGCCCCCAAUAUGUAUGGCAGUUGUUGUGGCUUUCGCUCUGCGGGAAGCUAUCGUCGCAGCUAGACUGGAAGCAGGCAUUCCUACAACGCAGUGGUACCAAGAAGGUAUUGGAGAGCCACCAAUGUGCAUGGCUGUCGUUGUUGCUUUUGCCCUGAUAGAAGCCAUUGAAGAAGAAGAAGUGUCGUUGGAAUUCCCGACUCCAGUCUAG